AUGGUACUGCAUGAAGCAUCUGUGACCAGUCAAGAGCUGCGUCACGCAGAAGAUCACAUCUCCAUGUCUCCGAUCAAUCCAAAACCCGACGUUAGGGAUCAAGCGAUGGGUCCACCGGCCGCGUUCCGUGCUGUCCCACUACUGAUGCUGCCAAUUAUCAAUAUGGACCACAACGAUUUUCAUCACAAUCAUCGGCAGGCAAUGUCAACGGAACAUUACAGAUUUUCUCUGGUUGUGGAUCUCGAAUGUUCCGGAGCUCGUCCGUUCCUUGAGUUCAUGUCGACGUUUGCAUACUUCAAUGAAUCCUACCACUGGCUGUUGUUUGGUCGAGUUGAUUUAAAGCCGGUUGUUUGUUCUUUGGAAACCAAAAAUAUUAAUGUUGACACCCGAAUUACUUUAGCGACAUCAGAUCCUAGCAAGAGGGAUACUUUUGAACUGUCGGAAGUCUACGGCUCGGUUUAUCGUCGAGGAGGAAGGCUUCAAGUAAGGCAAGUUGGUUGGUGGAAUACUGAAGUUGGAGCUCAGUGGACAGGGCAAACGUUCUCGUACCGGAAGCGCAAGGAUUUUAGGGGAAUCGAGCUGCUAGUGAUAACGACGACCCUGCAAGCGAAACACGUCACUCUUCUCGAGUACAUGGAGAACACUGAGGAACCCAAGGGCUACAUCAACAGUCGUUACGGUUAUAAAAUCAGCAGACUUUUGAGCUUUCACCACAACUUUAAGAUAAAAUUCCUCAUCACCAAAGGUUGGUCCUUCGGAGCGGUCGGAACGAACUCAACAAGUGGUGUCAUCGGUCAAACGCAGGCCAAUUUGGUUGAUUUCUCUGCGACCCCGGUGGGAUUUACACCGGAACGGGUUUACGCGUUUGCAUCGACCACAGAAAUUGUGAUGGGCAAAUUUGUAACCGUUUUCCGUCACCCGGCCAUUGGGUCGGCAAGAAAUUUUUUCCUUCGGCCCUUUCAAAAUUGGCUCUGGAUUGCCGUUCUGGUGGUUUUGCUGAUGGCGGGGGUAAUACUGUUGGGUGCCUUUGGAACCGAAAAACGAACUAGUAUCAUGGAAAAAUGCCAAUUGGUUUUGGCAAUUACGGCCUUCAUGUGUCAACAGGGAUAUGCUUAUGGAAGUACGGUUUGCUCUUCCCGGAUUGUUAUUCUAACAGUGCUCGUAUUCGCCGUAUUUUUGUAUCAAUUCUAUUCGACGUUUAUCAUCGGCUAUCUGUUGUUGCCACCUCAAAAAACGAUCAAAACGCUGAAACAGCUUCUGGACAGCAGUUUGAAAUUUUCCGUUGAGGAUCGCGAUUAUAACCAUCAAUUUUUCAGUGCAACCACUGAUAACGUUGCCAUUGAGCUCUAUCAGCAAAAGGUUAUUCCCAACGAAUUUGGUUUUGUCAAUAUGAGUACGGGCAUGCAGCUUGCAAAACAUGGUGGAACCGCCUUUCAUUGUGAUGUCUCUUAUGGCUACACUUGGAUUAAACAUACUUUCAGCGAUUCUCAAAUCUGUGAACUACAGGAGGUCACGUUGUUUCCUUACCGGCCGUUGCAUCUGAUUCUACCGAGAAAUAGUCCGUUAAGAGACACAUUCAGAAUAACUUUGCAACGUUUGCUGGAAACGGGAGUGGCCCAAUAUCAUCGCCGGAAGUACUAUAUGGAAAAACCCAGGUGUACCACCAAUAGCAACUCGGCCAGCGAGGUUACAUUCAAUGACAUCGAGAGCCUGUACCGGAUGUUGGCCAUGGGAAUCGUGCUGGGGCUAUCCCGGUAAACUACCAAAAGGUCAAUGAAAAAAUGUUCAGUCUGUCAUCCACAAGUCCUUAAUAACUUCUCUGAGCAUUUCGGAAUCACUCAACAAAAUUUCAUUCUGUAGAAAACAUUUUAUGUCUGUUUUCGAAGUGUUCUGUCAAAUAAAAGCAAUAAGUG